AUGUUGGCCACCACGUUCGUCGCUCAGAUGAGCGUCGCAUCGGCCGGCAUUCUCCUUACGAUCUCGUUGAUUACCAUUUUUCUCACGGCCCGAGAAAUCAACGACGUCUAUGCAACGGCGAUGAGGGAUCUCAACGAAUGGAAGCGCUAUUCCGAUGAAGCUUGGUACGACAUGAAGUCGAUAGCACAACGAUCACCACGACAGACGUCAAACAGUGGACGAGCAGUUACAAGGCGGAAUGCCUACUACAUUCAACCACCUGCGAAGCCGUACGUACCACCCCCAACGUCCUACGAAGCACCCAUAUGCAGUGAGUACCACUAA